CACAGGCUCAACAUUCACCCCUUGAGCAAGAAGAACACUCAUUGUGCCAUUCGUCGACGUCAGAACUCUUUUUGCGCUCUUCUUUGCUUUUCUUCUUCCUGAAAAUGGUGCCGCGUUUUGAUUUUGUUUGAAGAUCCGAAUGGAUGCGAUUCAUUGUAACUCGGCUUCGGUCUUUGUUCGUAUCAUCAUCGACCCACAGAUGAAGUUGCGCAGCAUUAUUAUUUAGUUGCUCGUAGUUCCCCUAAGCGUAACGGACCCGCCUUCACGCCCCCUAUGAUCUUCAGCACCGUCACCAUGCCACAAGUAGAAACCUAUUCUCGUACUAAAAGACCGCCCCCGCCCCCGCUCCGACGGCGACAAAAUAAAAAAACCGGGCUGGCUGUUGCUACGACCGCAGCUGCGAGCACGAUCGGAGUGCUUUACACAGCAAGCCUCGCCGCCUUCGCCAAGAACGAAACGCACACCAGCACCGGCGUGCCACUUUCCCUGUACAAAGUACAACCGCCGAACGCACGGACUUUCGAGUCCCUGGUCGACUGCUUCACGGAUGAGGAGCACUCUUUGGCGGACAGCGAAUUUUGCCUGGAUCAGGUGUAGGCAUUGCAAAAGUAUCGUACUCCUCGUAUAAAAAAUGCAUUACAAAUUUCCCCAGCAUGAGAGAGAAAAUUUGUAAUGCGGAUUGACCUUAAGAAAAGGAUUUGUAAUGCAUGUUUGCAAUACGAAUACGAUGCUUUUGGACAGGAUAAGGUGUACCAGACCGCGAAAGCGAGCCCGGGGAUCGAGGACCUGAUUAUCGGGGUGAACGAGACCAUGCUGACCUGCAAGGUCACUGGAAAUGAGAAGGUGCAAAAACGGGGGUGCGAAGCGUUGACGACACUCGCCUUCGACGUGGUCUCUAUGUCCUUAGGUUACAUGAUUCUCUGCACCUCGGACGACGACAAUUUUGAGAAGAACAACGUAAACCUCUACGGCGAGGAGGUGAACUGCGGGUCGUUUCUGAACGUCGCGGCCAACCAGAUCCGCGGGCGCAUGGAGCGGUGCGAGGAGCGGUACUUUUUGACGCCGCUGAAGUUUUUCGUGGCAGAGCAAGUGGGCAAUAUCCAACAAAAAAACAUUGUAGGUGUAACUUUUUUGGAGGAACAGCAUUACAAAUUUGUCUGGCAUGACAGCAAAAACCUGUCAUGCGCAGAUAGUACGUGAAAACGCCUUUUAAUAGACCCUACCAUGCAUGCUAAGCAUGACAGACGCAAUCAUCUCGCAUGUUGCGCAUCACAAAUUUACACUAACAACGUUUUUUUCUUGGAUAGGCAAGUGGAGAAAAACCUUCCUCGAGCAGCUACUCGAGAAGCAGAAGCAGCGCGGGCAGAUUUUGCCGUCCACCUUCUGGCGUCUGUCGAUUGAUGUGGUCAACGACAUCUCGCAGUGGGUUCGCUGGAACGCGUGGCAGGCCAACCACUUUUUGUGGGUCCAGGACGUGAUAGAGGCCAAGCAGGUGGUGCACACCGAGUGGGGGAACGAGAAGCGGUGGGAGAAACUGGGGGCGAACGACGCAAACAACACGUACCCUUUGCCAACGCCGAAACCCCGGUUUUUCUUCAGCUAUCCUGAUUGAUAAAAACGUCCCCACCCCAGAGUUGUCACGCAGAUUUGCAGUUACAGUUACCGAGAGCUUUGCAAUGCGCGUCAGGAUCGGUAGGUGGCUUUGUGAUGUGGCAGCACUUGCUUUUGCUACACAACUGCACUACAAUACAGAGAGGAACUUGAUGUCAUGCGUGACUCCCAGAAUUUCUGGACUUGUUAUGCGAUAUCCCCAUCUUGAUUUUCGGGUGGGGACGUUUUUGUCCAGAAUAUCAGCGAGAAGUUCGGUAUGCGCUGGGAAAUCGUGAAUUCGCUUCUUUCCGAGUACGGGAUAGAAGAGCUGCGGGUCGUCGAAGUGGGGGUGUUCGCCGGCCACUUUUCCAAGUUCCUGCUGGAAAAGUUCCCGAAACUGCAGCUGAUCGGGUCUCCACAGAAAAAAACCCAUCCCCAUCCGAGUUGUCAUGCGGAACAUACAUAAAAAAAGUGAAAUCCGGUGUCUUGCAACAUGCAGAAAAUGGAUGGGGAUGGGUUUUUUUCUGUGGAUAUCGGGAUCGAUCCCUACAUAGGAACCGACGAAACCUUCCCGGGGGAUUACUCCCAGACUUUGGAUUAUGGAUGUGUCAGGUUUGAAAUCGUCCAAGUUGAAAUUGUUUGUCAUGCAUAAAACGGAUACCAGCUAGACCUGCAGUUUGUAGUCGGUGCAUGACAAAUUUUCCCGGUCCGGGAAGCGAGUCUGUCAUGCGGUUUAGGGCAAAAGAGCUGCCUUCUGUCAUGCUAGUCAGCAGUCCAACUUUUGACCCUUACCAGGACUAUAAUCUGCCUCCCUUGCGUCCUCUGCAAUAGAGUCACUUUUUGUAUCGCAUUUCAUGCAUUACAAGUUAUUUCAACUUUGUCGAUUUCAACUCUGACACAUCCAUAUGGAUCCGUCCAUCGCGUACAGCAACGCCAUGGCCAUCUACGAGGAAUCCGGGCCCGGGAGGGCGACGCUGUGGCCCACAACGAGUUUGGAAGCGGUAUUUUUAGGCGAACACGCAGUGGUCCGAGUUCUUGUCCUCUACUACUGAGAUGAUAUACGUCCUCGUUGUAUUGCCUCCAGUAUGUUGAUUUAGAUUCGGUCGAUUCUAUAUGAUUCUGAUUGCCGUUUCACUUCUUUUUUCUUGAUCCAGCGUUCGGAAUCAAUAAGGACGAUAAAUAAAUAGUGCUCCAUGAAGAUCCCUUCUAUCUUCUCCAUCCCUAUUUCCAGGUAAAGAACGUCCCCGACCAAUCCAUCCACGCGGUUUUCGUGGACGGCUGCCACUUUUAUCACUGUGUCGAGGAAGACCUCCGUCUUUGGAUCCCCAAAAUUAUGCCGGGCGGCCUCGUUCUGGGCCACGACUUUUCGCCGCAGUGGCCGGGCGUGGUCCGUGCGGUGUGGGAGAACCGACCAAAUCAACGGGUGUUUCUCGCCUAUGCUGUGCAAAAGUAUCGUACUCGUAUAAAUGCAGGUCUUGCAUUACAAAUUUCUUUGUCAAGGCAAAAUAGCAUUACAAAUUUUAUUUCUCAUGCUCAGAAAAUUUGUAAUGCAUUAUAAAUAUACGAGUGCGAUACUUUUGCAGUUCAUAUCGCCAUGGACUGGAUGUAUUGGUGGCAGAUAGACGACGAGCCCGAGGAGCAGACUGCGGCCAUGAAAGAGGAACUGGCAAAGGAGGAGCUAUGAUACGUUUGAUGUGCAGAUCUAAACAAUUUGAAGCUGGUGUCGUGCGCCGGAGACGGAGGGACGUUGGGGUACUAAGGGUAAGGUGGCAAGCCCAUGAUACAACUUUCUUUCAUGAUGAUCCUUGCCGGUACAGUGAAUACGAGUACGACGCCACCUUCGUUCAAGUUUGUCUUUGACAAGAGAUACGAGCCUUGAAGAUUUCAACAGCAUGAUCAGCCACGCAGAUCAUGGUGGUCUCAUGGAAAUGGAGCACGUCGACAGGAGCGCUGCCUCUAAGAU